UCUUCCUCCCGGGAAAUCAACUGCCCUCGGUGCGCCCACCUUUUGGCCAGCCCAGCGCCGGCUGCAGGCGCCCCCGCCUCCGCCGGGCGAGCUCGGCGCGGCGGCCCCGCGGGCACACGCCUUCCCAUACCUUACAUGGACAAAUGCGUGCAGGCAAAGUCAGGAAUUCAGGCCCCUGACGUCAGCCUCCAGCUCUUAGGGCACCGCACGGGAGCCCGCGAGGAGGGGGUGGGGACGGUGGGGAGGAAGGAGGGGGGAAGGCACCAACCAGCAGCCGCUCCAGCCCUGCCGAAGUUUCACUUUUUGUCUGUGGGUUCGCUCCCGGGGCCCGGGCGAGCUUUCCCGGGACAAGUAGCUUAGGCGAGCGGGGGAGAGCCGGGCGCUGCAAGAAAUUGAAGAGGAACUGACAAGUAGUGUGUUGGGAGAAGCCUGAAGGAAUCCAGAUCAGUUCCUGCAUCCUCAGAGCUGCCUGGGCACAGGCAAGGGCCCGACAGCAGCACCUCAGGUGUGGAACACUCAGUGUCAGAACAGAACGGAAGUGAGGAUUGAGACACCUGAUUCCCAGUUUAGUGCUUCCCUUUUUAUUGUCUACUUCUUUGUACUCAUCACAAGAAAAGUGGUUUUCCUCAACUGAUACCUAGAAUUGCAAUUCGCUGAAUCUCUUGUGCACUGACCCUCCAACAGCUUGCUGUCUGAGAUCCAAACAAUGUCUCACCCAUCUUGGCUGCCACCCAAAAGCACUGGUGAGCCCGUUGGCCAUGUGCCUGCACGGAUGGAGACCACCCAUUCUUUUGGGACUCCCAGUAUUUCAGUGUCUACACAGCAGCCACCCAAGAAGUUCGCACCAGUAGUUGCUCCAAAGCCCAAGUACAAUCCAUAUAAGCAACCUGGAGCAGAAGGUGAUUUUCUUCCGCCUCCACCUCCUCCCCUGGAUGACCCCAUUGCUGUUCCAUCUGGCUCUGGAAACUUCCCUGCCCCACCACCCCUUGAUGAAGGUGCUUUCAGGGCACAGGGAAACCCUGGAGGCAAGACCAUUGAGGAGAGACGCUCCAGCCUGGAUGCUGAGAUUGACUCUUUGACGAGCAUCUUGGCUGACCUUGAGUGCAGUUUGCCUUACAAGCCUCGACUUCCACAGGGUUCUGCUAGUACAACAGCUUCUCCUUCAGUUUCCACCCCUGUCACAGGGCACAAGAGAAUGGUCAUACCAAACCAACCACCUCUAACAGCUACCAAGAAGUCCACAAUGAAGCCCCAGCCUGCAACACAGCCUGGACCUAUCCCUGUGACUCCAAUUGGAACACUAAAACCCCAGCCUCAGCCAGUCCCUGCCUCCUACACUACAGCAUCGACUCCUUCAAGACCUACUUUUAACAUCCAAGUAAAAUCAGCUCAGCCUAGCUCUCAUUACAUGGCUGCUCCGUCACCAGGACAAUUUUACGGACAAGGACCUCACAACUACAAUACUCAACCCGCUCCUGCUUCCGGGCAAUGUCCCCCUCCUUCAGUACGGGGAGGAGGCAUGGAUUAUGCAUACAUGCCGCAAUCAGGCUCUCAACCUGAGCCUGCAUAUGGCUAUGCCCCCAACCAAGGACGCUAUUAUGACACUUAUGGCCCAGGAGGGCCUGGCUAUGGGGGCAAAAAUGACAUUGAUCCCGCGUACGGUCAGCAGAAUCAUCCGAAUACCUGGAAGAUGGAACAAGGAUAUGCUCCCUCAGGCAUAGGGAACCAGAAUCCUCCUGGGCCGUAUCCAGUUGCUGGUUCCAAGAAGACCUAUAUCACAGAUCCUCUACCCGCGCCCUCUGUACCGCCAGUCUCAAAGGGUGGACAAACAGGCCCGGUGGGAUCUCAGUAUGCACCCCCCUUGUUCAAUCCUGAGGAUGAACUUGAACAGCUGACCAAAAAGAUGCUGUUUGACAUGGAAAAUCCACCUGCUGACGAUUAUUUUGGUCGCUGUGCUCGCUGUGGGGAAAAUGUAGUUGGGGAAGGUACCGGGUGCACUGCCAUGGAUCAGGUCUUCCACGUGGAUUGUUUUGUCUGUGUCAACUGUAACAGCAAGCUCCGAGGGCAGCCCUUCUAUGCACUGGACAAGAAAGCCUACUGCGAGCCCUGCUACAUCAGCACCCUGGAGCAGUGCAGUGUCUGUUCCAAGCCCAUCAUGGAGAGGAUUCUUCGUGCCACUGGGAAGGCCUAUCAUCCUCACUGUUUCACCUGUGUGAUGUGCCACCGCUGCCUGGAUGGGAUCCCAUUCACCAUCGACUCUGGCGGUCUCAUCCACUGCAUUGAAGAUUUCCACAAGAAAUUUGCUCCCCGAUGCUCCGUGUGCAAGGAGCCUAUCAUGCCUGCCCCGGGCGAGGAGGAGACUAUCCGGAUUGUGGCUCUGGAUCGUGAUUUCCAUGUUCAAUGCUAUCGCUGUGAGGACUGUGGUGGUCUUCUGUCUGAAGGGGAUAACCAAGGCUGCUACCCUCUGGAUGGGCAUAUUCUCUGCAAGACCUGCAACAGUGCCCGCAUCAGAAUGCUCACUGCCAAGCCCAGCACUGACUUUUAAAUUCAGCCACCUGUUUAGCUGGUACUGGUAGCACUGAAGUGAAAAAGAAACACAAGGGAAAAAGAAACACAAAUCAAAAGAAAUAGGAAAAUAGAGGAAGGCAGGCAACCUAUGGGAUGGACUCUGUUCUUCACUUACUACUAACCUUUCUUUAGAAAUACAUAGAUGAUAAGAUUUCUUUUAAGUUCUCACCAAAGGCACAUUUCACAUUGAAUCCUGUAGGACCUGGCUGGGUCUUUGUUCCCAGGCACGUCCACAUUUUUGCACAGAUUAUGGUCCAUCCCAUUCACUUCUGCAUUCCUGAAACUUUUAAUACGUAUGCUUUUCAUCAGGUUGAGUGGCUGUUUUUAGUGUGAUAUUUGCUAUCCUACGUACAGUGUUUCCUGGGUGAGUCUGCCAAGCCACAGGUGCUUUUGGCCUGGGAGGCUCCAUCCUGUCCCUGCCACAUUGCCUGCCAUCACAAAAGCUAGCCAUUCUUUUUCUAUCUAUUAAAAAGCAAUGUCUGCUGCUUUCAAUUAGUCAUGCGCCUGGUGGGGAGGGGGAAACAUAAAGCACACUAGACAUUUCAAGCCAUACAUAAUUUCACUUGUGUAGUGAAUAGAUUAAGGCAACCCGAAUUUAAUUUGUAACCAUCCACAAUGAAGAUUGAGAGCCACCAGCAGUCAGGCCUAUUUGAAAGCAGAAAUCUCCAGUUUCGUUUUUAAAAUGAUACAUGAGUUUGGAGCCAGGGCUCAGCUGAAGGAACCCAUGUCAUGCACGAGAAAAUUUCAAGCCUGAUCCCAGCGCCUCAGGGCCCUCAGUCAUUGCUGGUUGUGGAACUGGUGGCCCCAAUGCCACAAGGCCCCAAGUAGCAGCACCACAGUGCCCGGCCUGAGAGUUGAACCCUCUGGCCUAUGAAGCAGAUUAUCUCUUGGAGCGGUCUCUCUGCUCCCUGAGUUCUGCUUGGAAAGCCAAAAUAGACAAAUAAAUGUGGGAUUUGUGAGAAAAAGCAUUUUAGGGGUGUGUUUGAAAAGCGAUUAUUAAGCCAUAGUGUUAUCUCAAGAUGUUCCAUGCUACCUAGACAUAAUAAGACAAACUAGUUUUACCUGAAUAAAACACUUUGAAUACUAUCCCAUUUUUCAUCUCUGAAAUAUUGCCAUUUUUUUCUAAUAUUCAAACACAACCACUGAAAUUGUUUUUUUUUUUCUCUUAGAGGAAGAUAGCUAUAAAGACUAGCUUGUAUUUUUUUUCUUUUUUUUUCCUCCAGGGCCUUUUAUCCUAACAAUUGCAAAUCAGUGCAUACCAAGUAUACAAAAUCAACGGUAUAAUAUUGUUUAGUUUACUUUAAGAAGACAUGAAAGUUUGAAGAGGUUGUGAAACCACAGUUUCAUUAUUGUUGUAAAUCCUCCUGCAACUCAAAUUACAUAUUGCAGGAGACAUUUUCAUAUCAUCAAUGUGACAUUUACACCACACUUUAAAAGACAAUCACUGAAAAAAAAAUGCCUUUCUGAGCUAAAAAUAUACAGCAUCUCUGCCUGAAAUCUUUAUUCAAACACUAUUGGGCAGUGAAAUACUUGCUUGCCAACUAUAGAACUAUAUUUCUUUAGGUUCUAGCACAUUUGUUUUUAAGAGAAAGAUGCCUUUCUAAUGGCAGAUCUGCCAUUUUGUAAAUUAUUUUGAUUUGACAUUUCUUCAAUCUUUCUUCAAAUCUUCCACAAGAAUAUACUUUUAAAUUAUAAAAUAAUUUACAUAUUUAAAGAGCCUCAAAAGUAUAAAUAAUAAUAUAAUGACUAUCCGUAUACAUUAAUGCCCUGUUUAAGAAAUCAAAUAUAAGAAAUAGUUUAUUUGAUUCUACAAAUUUCUUUUUCAUGAUUCGAAAGUGACAGUUUUCUAGUGUGACUUCUUAAUUUUAAUACCCAGAAUAAAAGGGAAACAUAAUUUGUGCAUGUUUUGAAUCAAAACUCAUGCCUCAGGGGCUGGAUCGAUAGCACAACAGUGGGUAGGGUGUUUGCCUUGCACACGGCCAACCCAGGUUCAAUCCCCAGCAUCCCAAAUGGUCACCCGAGCACUGCCAGAAAUACCUGAGUGCAGAGCCAGGAGUAACUCUGAGCAUCACCGGGUGUGACCCAAAAAGCAAAAAAGAAAAAGAAAAAAAGAAAAAGAAAACUCAUACCUCAGGAAUUCCAGUUAAAUUUAUUGCUUUAGUAGAAAUAAUCAUAAAACUGGUUCAAAUCUUUUUAAUAAGAAAGUCUUGAGUUCGUGAUUGAAUCCUAUAGCUCAUGGAACAUCAUGAUGACUCAUUUACUUUGAUCACUAUUAGAACCACCUAAAUUCUUUGAUUUUUUUUUUGGCAAUCACUGUUCUUUUCUUGCCUUGCUAUACUUCUCUUUAACCUUUAGUUUCUUUUCAUGUGAAAUACAGUGAGAUAGACUUUGAGCAGCAUGUGGGUUGUAAGAUAUAAUAGCAACUGCAUUCCUGAAUUUCUGUCUUGUAAAUGAAGGCCAGAUCAGGCUGUUGACCUCAAAGAGCACUAUUAGAGAACCGGGGUGAUAAUUUGAUCAGCCUGAAUUGGUUUUUAACUUGUUUUCAAUGAAAUUCAUGGAGACAUUGUUUUUAGGGCAGAAGCUAAGAGCCUAGUUUAUUGAGAGGUGGAUUUUAUCUCUUGAAGGGCAGCCAUAUUAUUAAAAAUGUUGCCAAAAUAGAAAGAAUUUAUAAAAUAUGUAUACUUUAAAAAUGCAAUAACAUUCUACUUGCUUGUUACAUGUAAGUCCUUAUGUAACUGAAUGUUUACAUGCCCUCCCACAAGGAAAAUGCUAUCAAAGACCCAUCACUGUGGCAUUACCAGAAUACUGCUUGCUUACAGUCCUUAUCAUGCAUUUUUAUCACAUAACCUCAGAGUAUCUUUACCAAAGAUUUUUAACUAAAUAUCCUUUUUAAUAUAGAAUUAUUAUACUUUUAUAAUAAUGAAUGUGCACACAUACAUAUGCAGAAAUAUUUAGAUUUAGAUUUUUUUCUCUUUCACAAGGUAUAAGGAAAAGGAUCCUAUAAUAUUUUAUGCCAGGAUUUCUUAAAUAUAUGAUUUAUAUUGCCUUUUUGUUUUUUCUAUUAAUCCUUUGUUUAAACAAUGCCAAAUCACUUUUACUUUUAACAUGAAAUUUUGCCAAUAUUAGAUAUGAAGAUCAUAUUGCAUUGAUUAUAAUUAUAUUGUUUAUUGAUAUAUUGUACUGACUGUUAUCAUUUAAAUACAUAAAUAAUAAAAAUAAAUCAGAGUCUAUGAAACAAAGUUUGUAAAAAAAAUGCUGGUUUAAAACUUUUGUCUAAAACUCAAUAUUGGAUAUCUCUGUGUAGCAUGAGAGAUGUAGAAAAGGGGAGGAAAAAGCCACUAUGUUCUGGGCUCUGCAGAUUAUUUCAACCUCAGAUAUUUUGUUGUCUCAAUCCCUACUCUAAUUGACACCAUAUGAAGUCCUAUUAGUAAGGAAAAUUGCUUUAAAUUUUCAGUUUUCCAUUGUGUCCUAUAAUGCAUUCAUACUUUGACAUAAUGAACAUUUCUGCAGCUCAAAGAGAGGCGGGCUAUUUUUCUUGUCAUUAAAAAAUGAUUGUUUCUGUAGGCAAAUCUUCUCUGGUCAGGACUGUUUCUUGCACUUAUGCUAAUUAGUGCAACAGAGUUAUCAACACAGUAAUUGUUCUGUCACUAUGAAAUGUUCUACAAAGUUUGUGAUAAUGUAUGAAGUAUAUAAUACUCUAAGCACAUUUAAAACUGUAAUUUUAAUAUUUGGGUUUAGAGUAAGAGAGAGAGCACUUUUACCGUGGGGCUAUAGUAGAUGAUUUAUGAAAUACGAACACAAAUCUGAAAGCAUAACUCAACAGUUUUCUUAGCUAGUAAAAAAUCCUAAUAAAUGUGAACCAGCCAGGAAUAACAGUGUUAUUUCUAUUUGAUAUGGUUUGGGCUUCUCCUGUCAAAUCUGUGUCGGCUGCCCCUGAUCCUCCCAUUAUCAAGUUUUGAAGGGUGUUGGGGAAAUUAUGGCAGCUGCUAGAGAGAUCAGGGAAACACUAGGGUAACCUCACAGCCUCUCACCAUUCCUCUUGGCUUGGAAAAGCUCUUUUUCCAUAUACAUUUCUAGAAAUAUUGCUAUUCUACCUUAGUAUUUCACAUUUGUAGUUUAAACAAGCGAUUGUCCAUCUGUUGCCUAGAGCUACAGUACAUGUGUGUUAUGAAUGAAAUAUGACAGCA